AUGACUAUCACAGCAGAGAACAACUUAGAGUACCGCCAGGGUAAGCUCUUCGUGCACGCCAUCGAGGAGAAAGCGCAAUGGAUACCGAACAACAUGUACAUGCGUUAUGCGCCGGAUGACUGGUUGCACAGCGGUUACAAAACGAUUACAUGGAAGCAAUACGCAAGUGCCAUCGAUAAGAUGGCUUUCUGGUUUGACGAGCGGCUUGGUAAAGCGGUGGAUUGCGAGACGAUUGCUUAUUUCGGGCCCAACGAUCCACGGUAUGCCAUCUUGAUACCAGCUGUUGUAAAGAAUGGACGGAAACCUCUGUAUUUGCUGAUUCCCGAUGGACGAGUGACCAAAGAGGGGCUUGCGGGCUUGAUUAAAGCGAGUAGUUGCAAAGUAUGGCUCUAUCCAGAAGACGAUGCCGUAGGGCCGUUGGUCGAUGCAGAUUCAGGCUUGAAGCUAUGUGCUUUGCCGUCGCUUGAAUGGAUGCUUGACAACGGAGGCCAAAAGCGAUACACGUAUGACAAAACGUUUGGAGAGGCCAAAUGGGAUGAAAUCGUCAUCAUCCAUACAUCAGGCACUACUGGUAAGCUGUCUGAAAUGAUCUGUUAUCUCAUAAGCUCACUUCUCUUUAGGCGAACCCAAGCCUAUCUUUCACACAAAUGGCAUGUGGAGCGGAUUAGGGAAUGUGCCGAUACUGAGUCGAAGACAUUGGCCCCGCGGCAUUGA